UCUCCCUAUUCUAUGUUGGCGUUCAAUGGAUAUAGCUUUUGAUAUAACAUAUUCGUAGGUGAACCUCUUAACGGCUAGUACUGUCCAGCUGUCAAAUGGCUUUAAUUGAGCAUAUGCGCCGAGAGCUUAUGCUCAUUCAGGAGCAAACAGCUUCUCGGACUGAAGCAAGUUGGCUCGACGUUGGAAAAGCCCGAGAGGGAUUCCUAACACAACAACUAAUCCUGGAGGAGGGAAAAGCGGCGACGCUUAGCAAACAGCUUGCGGUCCCUGAGGCACCAAGCAAAGAGCAGCCAGAUGUAGACGAAACAUUACGCUCAGAUGGGUUGUUUGGAGUGCGUGAGUUAGAUGACGGAUGCAGCAUAUCGGACCAGGACCGAACGCAUGGAGAGGAGCUCGCCAUGGCUGUGUGCAACGCACUUACAUCACGCAGCAAACGGUGGCGAGAGCGGGUGCCAAGCUUGCCAGGUCCGUCAGGCAGGCCAGCUGCGGUAGGCGGAGCCCUCAGAGCUUGCACCACGCUGUCAGCUGAAACGGACGCGCUCAUAGCCACCAUGCAAGCCACAACCGCUUACCUCAGCAUGCACGAGCGUAUGAAGGAAGCCAUCGAGGAGGGCAUACUUCAACGCCAGGACAAAGUAGACAAGGCGGAGUUCAUGAUCUCCGCCAGCCGCGUCAAGGCCGCCAUCCUGAAGCUGCAGUCGCUGGAGUACCACUUCCUGGCGGGCACCUACCGCGCGGAGGACGUGGUGGCGCUCAACAAGGUGUGGGAGGAGCUCACCACGCGCCUGCAGCAAGUGCGCACGCAGCUGGCAGAGGCUCAGAAGCGGCUAUCCGUGUUCCGCGGGCUGGGUCCCUCCUUCCACAGCCAGCUGGCGCAGUACCGCGACGUGCAGCGGCGGCUGCUGGACGCGCAGUACAUGCUGGAGAACUUCAACAAGAUCAACAGCGAGCUGGACGCGGGCGCAGCGGACAUGAUGAUGGGAGACCAGCACAUGGACUGCGAUGACGGCGUGUUCGGGGUGUACUGAGGAGGUACUCGGGGUUGUUUUCAGGGUUUCCUGAGGUACUAUGAUUUGAAGCUAGGAUGAAGGCCGAAGUCAACAGUCUCGAUGUAUGCAUCGAGGACCUGGUUCAACUCUUUGAUUGUACAAGAUGCAUGGUGCAAAACGCUGUUGCAGCAACUGUGGUGUCUUCUGAGGUGUGAAUGCAUACGCGCAGGAGCAGUAGUGAGCGCUGCUGGUUCUCUCUUUACCAGCGUUGCAUGGCGUUUUAUUACAAAGCGGG